UUGGCUCAGUGUCUGGCAUGGACUUCCAACUCGGCUAUGACCCCUCCAAGCACAAGAUGGCCGCAGACUUUGUAGACGGGGACUGGAAGACCUUCUGGGACUUCUUGCCUGACAAGGAGGAGCCGUUCCUCUACUCCACGGACGGGCGGAGGCCGCUGAGCUUCAAGGAGAUGAAGGCAUUCAUUUUGGACGAGCGGAAUGACAUUCCCGGCAUGGGCAGGGAGGAUCGGCUGUGCCUGGUUUUCCCCACAGGGCCUGAGCUGGCGGUGGCUUACUUGGCCUUCGCAGUGCGCUGCACCGUGGCGCCGCUGAACCUCUUCCUGCGGGCAGAUGAACUGGACUUCGAGUACGAUGACCUGCCCUGCAAGGGCUUGGUGGUGCAGAAGGUGGAUGGCUUGCAGGAGGACGAAAAGGCCGCCACCACCGUGGCAGUGGCUCAAGCACGCAAGAAGAAGAUCCAGAUCAUCCUGCAGCUGAUCCCUGCGCCGGACGUGGCGGGUCUUUUCAACAUAGAGAAGCACCCGGCUGGGAAGCCCCUCACCGGUGCCAAGUUGGGACCUCCCUUGGACACGGUGAAGCGGGAUCACGUCUGCCUCGUGCUUCAUACCUCCGGUACUACCAAGAAGCCUAAGAUUGUGCCCAUCACGCACGAGAGCAUGGCCAUCGGCGGCAUGUGCCAUGCCGCGGCCAACCUGUUGGGACCGGAGGACGUCUUCGUGAACACCAUGCCGAUGUUCCACAUCGCCGGCUUGAUGGAGAACCUGCUGAUGUCUGCGUACAGCGGUUGCAAGUUCGUGGCCCUGCCCGGCCAGUACCAGGCCCACAGCUUCUUCCAGGCGAUGCAGAAGGAGCCGCUGCCGACGUGCUACUCAGCGGUGCCCGCCCAUCACAUGUCGCUGAUGUCGCUGGCCAAGGAGGCCAAAAGCUUCGAGAGCCCCUUGCGGGUCAUCCGCAACGACUCUGCGGCUUUGCUGCCCAGCCUGGCUGAGCAAAUGGAGGAGUUCUUUAAUGCGACAGUCCUGCCAGCCUACUCCAUGACGGAGGCCAACCCCUUGUGCUCGAACCCCAGGCACGGCGUGCGGAAGCUGAAGUCUGUUGGCCCGGCAGUGGGGCCAGAGUUGGCCGUCCUGGAAGCCUGGCCCAGCAACAAGCGCGUAGGCCUCUCGGGGCGGGACUUGGGAAGGACUCAGGUGAAAGAGCUGAUCUCACCCUGUUUGAAGGAAUCCUGGGAGAGCCGCCUGGAGGAUCGAAUUGGGGUUGGAGGUAGGCAAUGGCGCGGAGCACUGCACCGCUUCGAGCACCGAUCCAAGGUGCGGCUGGCAGAUUUCAAUGGCGCCAUCCACGCCUGCGCCAAGGGCAGCCAAUGGCGACAUACUUUGCUGCAGCGCGUGCGAUGCUGCAGCCUCGUACCGGAUGUGAUCAGCUUCAGCAGCUCCAUCAGCGCCUUCGCGGCUUCGAGCCGCUGGCUCCAGGCGCUGCAGCUCUUGGCCUCCACGUGCCGGCCGAACGUCUUCAGCUUCAGCAGCUUCAUCAGCGCUUGCGAGAAGACCGCGGUGUGGAGAACGGCCCUGGCGGUCUUGAGGGGAAUGCCGGACGGGGCCGUGGUGCCCAACGUGGUGAGCCGCUCCAGCGCUGUCAGCGCCAUCGCCUCUUCGACUUCGAGUCGCUGGGCGGCGGCUCUGGGGCUGACAGCGGAAGCGAAGGCUCCGAACGUCUUCACCUUCAGCGGCGCGGUGAGCGCAUGCGAGAAGGGCGAGUGGCUGGUGGCGCUCUUGCUGCUGGAGACCAUGAAAGCGGCCAGGGUCGUGCCCAACAUGGUGAGCUUCAACGCCGCCAUCAGCGCCAGCGAAAAGGCCCUGCAGUGGCCCUGUGCCCUCGCGCUGCUUUCUUCUGCGUUCGAGCCAAACGUCAUCAGCUACAGCAGCGCCAUCAGCGCAGUGAGCUGGUCCCCAGCCCUUGCGCUGCUGGAUGAGCUGGCGAUGAGUGGCUCAGUGCCCAACGUCAUCAGCCUGAGUGCCGCCAUUGGCGACCACUGGAACUCCGCGCUGGAGCUCUUGAGACGCUGCGGGCAGGAGGCCAGCCUCACCAGCUUCAACGCAGCCCUCAGUGCUUGCAGCGGCCUCUGGAAAGUCGUGGUGCAGCUCUGGCAGCUGAUGAGCAAGCAGCAGGUCCACCCCGACGCCAUCUCUUUCCGCGUGGCCGCCGCCAGCUGCGAGCUCUCCGGGUCCGCCGCGCUGGGCCCCGCGGGCCCCGCGGGCCCGCGGCCCCGCGGCCUCGGCCCGCGCGACCGCCCUGGAGAGGAGGGCGAGGUGUGCGUGAAGGGGGCCUGCGUCAUGAAAGGCUAUGAGAUGCGACCGCACAUGGACAAGGACCCGAAUGAGGAAGCGUUUACGGACGGCUUCAUGAGGAGUGGAGACAAGGGCUGGGUGGACGAAGAUGGCUACCUCUACCUCAUCGGGCGCUUCAAAGAGCUCAUCAACAGGGCCGGAGAGAAGAUCUCCCCGUUCGAGGUGGAAGACGCGGUGCGGCGCCACAGCGAUGUCGGGGACGUUCUGUGCUUCUCCUGCCCGCACUCCAUGCUGGGAGAGUCCGUCGGUGUGGUCAUCGUGCCCAAGGAGUCCAAGAGUGUGAAGCUCUUUGACCUCCGGCAAUGGCUUAUGAAGGACAAGGUCCUGCAGGAUAAGUGGUGUCCAGAGGUGCUGGUGACCAUGAAGGAGCUGCCCAAGGGUGCGACAGGAAAGCCGGCGCGUGUGAACUUGGCGAAGAAGCUUGGAAUCGAGACGCUCGACGGCAACCUCAAGGAGUUCGCGCAUGAGGGCUUGUGA